AUGAGCCUUAGUACAUGUGAAGUGGAUCUUUCCUCCCAGAUCGACUUUGUGGAUGCAGUUCUGAAUGAACUCCAGUUUCUGAGGGUUGUAGACCAUUAUCCAAACCUAUUUGAAGGUUCACUUUUCAAAAACGCUAUAAGAAGGUAUGAGAUGUUAUGGCUACCCCUGUUCAAGAGCGCCAACGUCAAUGGAAGAGAACUCCAGGCUCCACUAGAUGUAGAAUGGGUGUGGCAAACGCACAUUUUGAAUGGGGAUGUUUAUGAAGAGGACUGCAGAAACAUUGUUUCCAGAGAAGUCGAUCAUCGAAUAAGCACCGAAUUUGAGAGAGAAGAAGCCCUAUUUAGAGCACGAACACUUUGGGAGAAAGCUUACCCUACAGAACCUUUCGAAGUGGAUCUAGAACAGCUUCCCAGCUCCGUUCCAAAGUACAUUUGCAACCUCCAGUGCGAUUUACAAGAGGCUUGUUGUCGUCUACGAAACCUAUACCACAACACCUGUCUUCCUCAUUAUAGAGACUCAUUCUUUCUCAUGUCCUCCUUGCGACGUUACAAGCAGCAUUUGAUCCUGACGAAGGAGAAUCCGGACAGUAAUUUGGUGCCAUGUUGUGAUGUUGAUCUCAUCUGGAAAACGCACCUUCUUCACCCUUCAAUAUAUAAAGCAGACACGAGGAAAUUCCUUGGAUAUGUCCUUAAACAUCCCCAAACAAAAAUUGGUGCUUUGGAAAUUUCCAAACACCUGUCGCUUGAAAGUGACACUGAAGCAACAUGGAACAAGUACGACAUGGCUUUUAAAAGACCUGGAGCCAUCUUUCGCGGUGAGUGUCCCCCGCCUCUUCUAUUUCAAACCAAGGCAAUUCUUCAUAAUUUGGCAGUGUUUGAGUUUGCAAUGGAACUUUCGAAGUUUGAGAUAGAAAACUUUGAAAAUGACAAAAAAUUUUCCUUCGCGCUUCAGCUUGAUAAUGAAACAGCUAUUUGGAAAAAGAAGUUAAAAGGUGGCAGUCACAUCCUUGAGGGAGAUCACCAACCACUUGCUCAAUUUGUCGUUAAUACGGAUGAUAAAACCAGCAUCACUCUUUCCUUCCAUCAAAAGAAGUUGUUUUCCAAGACUCCAAAGCUGUGCCAUACUGUGGACUUAACUGACUGUUUACAAACUGCCAUCAGAAUGGAGUCAGAAGAGAACAUAUUCCGAAUACCCAUCCCACUGUUUGGUCCUGCUAAUAGAAAAGCAUACAUUACCAUUAAGACAUGUGGCUUACCCAAACCACUGAGUUACAGAUUUACUCUUAGUCCAGAACCAGAGUCUGCGAAAUUUUUGCACCCUGCAGAUGUAGUUUCAACUCCCAGAACGGUACUUAGGCGUGAAAUACUCACGAAACAGAGGGUGCCUUGCGAACUAUCAGUUUAUCGAGUGUACACCUAUAGUGGAAAUGGUGCAUUCACAUGCCGUGUUUUGAACGCCGAGCAAGCCGGAGUCAUGGUAUUAGAAGUCGUUGAUGGUGAUGGAAAUACCGUUGCCUCAGCUCAAAUGAUCGAUAACAAUGUAUUUCCCAGCUCUUUGGAACCAUUAGAAGACCCAUCCAAAUGUAUCACCAGGAGCAUGUCGGACAGCGAGACAGCCCUGUUAAUUAGAGGACAAGUGGACUGGGCAGUCUGCAUGGGAACGAGGCAAGCCAACGAACAGUCCCUGGAUGAAGAGCGAAACAUUGUCCAGAUCAAAUUUUUCAGACUUGGAAAUAAGCAAGGCUGGUGUGAAGUGCGAAAGACGGAGCAUUUGCUAUUAAUCCAAGUUAAUCGAAACGAAGAAAUUUUCAUGGCUGUGAAUCCAGAUGAGGGACUAAUAAUUUUGCCAAUAAACAUGGAGGAUGUUACGGAAUGUGUUGCUACUGCUGUUGGUGUGAUGUUGUUACCUUCAUUGUGCUACAUUGCAAAACCACAGGAUAACCAGCCCGGCGAUGCAGAUAUUACCAGAGUGGUUCUCCGCUGUCCAAGUCUGUCUCGUUUCAGCUCGUCUUGUGCCACAAAUUUAAAGCUACCGUAACCUUAGUUGAAUAUUAUUGGAAUAUUUACCGCGAAAUAACGCUGAAGCUACAGAAUAAUCAAGGAAACUUACACAGUUGACUUCUGCAAAAAUUUUAUUUUCUUUGUAAUCUUAUCCUUGGAAUGGUAAUGAGGUCUAUGGUUACCUUUUCUAGUAGUUUAUUACGGGAACAGCGUACCAAACUCUUCUUUCCUUUACAUUACAGUUUUUAUUCACUUUUCUUCAAAAUUCUAAAGUUCUAACAGCCUAAGGCAUUCAUAACAUCAAACCUGUUCACGAAAACGAUUGUAAACCCUUGUGAAGACCAAGGUUACAAAGUGAAAAAAAUUGAGUUCAGAUGAAAAAAAUUUCUAGGGCUAAUAAUCGGUACGAUAAGAGUUAAUUUUCCCAGAGCCUAUUUUAUAAUGAAUCAGUCAAAACAAUUUACUGGCUGAAGUUUAGCUCACUUUAUUUUUCACAAUUCAUUAAUUUCUAAAGAAACAUACCAGAUGUUUUUUACAA